CUUUACGCCCUUUAGAACGAUACACCGGCAAUCGACACUCCGUUAAAUACUUAUAUUAUACUAAAUUACCGAUGAAGUAUACAUUCCCCCACGGCCGAGACGAAUAUUAAUGUGUUAAUCAUGACCGAAACCCGAGGGGAAAGUUGAUAAGUUAGUUGUUAGUUCAUGUAAGGACGCCCGGGAACAACAAGCAAUUCAUUGAACUUCGACUACCUCUGUCUUGUUUUUUCCCGGCCGUGUUUUGCAGAACAGUAAUACAAUGGCAGCCAAUGAUAAAAGUAAAAAGUUUUCACGAUGGUAUUUCGGUGGAAUUGGUUCGGCUGGUGCUGCAUGUUGUACACAUCCACUGGACUUGCUCAAGGUGCAUUUACAAACACAACAAGAAGGAAAAAUUUCUGUCGGCCGUUUAGCAAUGAAAAUCAUCAGAGAACAAGGAGUAUUCUCGCUGUAUACAGGUAUUUCAGCGUCAUUGUGUCGACAACUGUCAUAUUCAACCGUGCGAUUUGGAAUAUAUGAGGUUGGAAAACAAGCAAUGACCAAACCUGGUGAAAACGUUCCAUUCUAUAAAACAGUGUUGUUGGCUUCCGCUGCCGGGGCGGCUGGUGGGUUUGUUGGAACCCCAGCUGAUAUGGUUAACGUACGAAUGCAGAAUGAUGUAAAGUUACCACUGGAAAACCGCAGAAAUUACAAACAUGCUUUUGAUGGUUUUAUACGUGUUUGGCGAGAAGAAGGGUUUACCAGAUUAUUUUCGGGUGCAUCAACAGCUACAAUGCGUGCUGUUUUAAUGACUGUUGGACAGUUAUCAUUCUAUGAUCAAGUCAAACAAUUAUUAUUAUCAUCAGGUUAUUUUGGUGACAACUCCACUACACACUUUUUAUCUAGUCUUACUGCUGGUGCUGUUGCAACAACUCUAACUCAACCCUUGGAUGUGUUAAAAACUCGAGCAAUGAAUGCUAAACCAGGCGAAUUUUCAGGUACACUCGAUUUAGUUAGAUAUACUGCCAAACUAGGACCGAUGGGAUUCUUUAAGGGUUAUGUUCCAGCGUUUGUGAGAUUGGCUCCUCAAACAAUUCUUACAUUUGUCUUCUUGGAACAAUUACGAUUGAACUUCGGUUACUCUAAAGCAUAGUUUAUUACGAUAACAAAAUCAUAUUUCUAUGCAAUAUUUUUGUUGGAUAUUCAUGCUAUUGAUAAAAUAUUUUAUAUAUUCAUUCUUCAACAAUACUUUACAUGCAAUUAAUACUAGGUACCAAUAUUAUUUUUGUAAAUUAAUGCUGAACAAAUUUUAAUAUAAGUAUUUUGGAGGGGCUAAAUAAUUUAUUUGUAUUUAAGCUGUAAGCAGUGUUCAUGAAUAGCAUUUUUAAUACCUCUAUAUUAAGAAAAUCUAAUACAUUUAAAUAACUUAUAGACUUUGUAACCAAAGCAAUAAGUUUUGCAACAAAAUCAAAAUGUUUGUUUUUGAAUCUAAUAAUAAUAAGGAAAUUAUUUAUAGGUACAUAUUAUUACAAUAACAACAUAGUAAAAUUGUGGAAUUUUCAUUUUAUUGAUGCGUAUGAAUUUUCUUAAGAAUCAAUAACUUAGUAACACAUUUAUAUUGUAUAAUUAUAUGUUUCUGUAACUAACAUGUGUAUACUUUGAAUAAUUUCUGAACUUCCAAAAGUUGCCAAAUUUUAAUUUGUUAAUUUAUAUUAACAUUCCUCAAGUCUUUUAGUAUAAAUAGAUUUUUUUGAUACAAUAACAUAAUAUAGACUAAAUGAAUAAAUGAUAUUUAAUUUUUAAUUUGGGUCCAACUUUAAUUUACAAUAAAAUUGUAAAAAUUCAUUAAUAAUGGGCCUUAAAUAUCUUUAAUUUACUUUAAUAGAAACUGUAACAAAAUGUCUUAUUUUUUAAAAACUAACAGUAAUUAGUCUUAUUAUUUUUGUUAUUGAUAUAUAUUUUUUUUAAUUAUGACUAAGUUAAGAAAUAUUAUCAUUCCUCCUAAAAAAUAUUAAUAGAGAAGUAUACGAUUUUUUGUUUUAACCAUAAAAUGUUUAAUUUUGUAUGUGAAAUGAAUUUGAUCUAAUACCAUAUAAAAAUAUAAAAAUUCAUUUUUACUAGUAACAGGUUUAUUAAUUACCAAAUAGAUCAGGUUUAUGCAAUAAUAAAUGUAAUUAUCUUAAAAUGUUUAAAAAACUAUUGUAUUUUAUUAUUUAUUUAAGAACUGUUAAUCAUUGUUUUAGAUUUAUAGUGUUAUGAUUUAUGAAUGAUUAUAGUUUUUGUUUUUCUGAUGUAAAAUAUUGUAACUUUAUUAUUUCGGAAUUUACUACAAAAAACUAAAUUUUAUUGUUAUAAGUUUGAUUUUAAAUACUUAAUACAGUAAUUAUUCUAGUUUUACAACUAAAGAUACCAAUAAAAAUAAAAAUUCAGGUUUAUUCGGUAUUGUUUUAUUAACAAAUAUAUUUUUUGCAUUUACUAAUGUUAUUUAAUUAAAUUUUAAAUUAGUAAAUAUUCAUAAAAUAUUUUAUUAAUAUUUUAUUUUAAAUAGUUUCAAAGUACCGGAUUAUUUUCUACUGCAUACCUAUAAUAGUGUUUUAUAAUAUUAUAUUAUAUUUAUGUAGAUAUAUUAUACUAAAAUGUAAAAAUUGUGUUUGAUGAUUUCGACUAUAGACUAUAGUACUGCGGUUCACAACCUUGUAUCCACGUGUCUAUUUAGUACUUACAUAGUUAGAACAUUUUUAAGUAGGUACUACUUUAUCAAAUUACCUUUUUCUUUGUUUAUCAAAAAUGUACCAUAUUACAUGUAUAGGUAGAAUUUUAUUUUAUUAGAAACUACAUAAUUAUGUAAAUACAGGUAUAUUUAAUGGCUUAAUA